UUCUGCGACAUAAUGAUACUUGAUGCUAAUAAGAUGUUGGGUAUUGCGUGAAACACUAAUGACUUCAUGUGGGUUCUGCUCUGAUGACUGCCCACUUAGAAGACAGCUUAAAUGCAUGCAGGAAACAGUUGCAUCUCAAAAACACUGCAGCCACUGAGAGAGAAGUGCUUCAAGAGAACGGAUGGGCCUGAAUGUUUUGAUUGUUUUUUUCUGAAUCUGCAGUACCACAGCACGGUACCAAUUUGAAACAUGAAGAUUGUAAUUCUGCUUCUUUCUUUUCUGGGACUGACAUUCUGCUUACCAGUGAACCAAUUUGGUAGAACCCUUGCUACGAGCAACAGCAGAGAAAUAUUAAGACUGCUGCAAAAGUACAAAGCUAUGGGAAACACUCCAAAGCAAACACAGCAAAGACCACAACCUGGGGUUGGACUGCCUCCAGCAAAACUGGUUCCAGAUCAGAAUACAUUAAUGAAUCUCCUGCCAAAUGAGGUUACUCCAUUUGAAUGGCCAUUUGCAAAUUUCCCAGUGAUUUUUCCACAAAUCCCAUCAGAAUUGGGAGUUCCAAACCUACAAACCAUUUCUGCUUUCAACCUAGCCCAGAUGCUAUCACUAGCCCAGAUGUUACCAAUAGAUAUGAAAUAUAUGCUUCCAAUUAUAUUUGCACAAAUGGGGCCACAGGGUGCAGUGCUCAGUUCUGAAGAAAUGGGACCACUUUCACAGCUUUUUGCUGGGUUGCUUCUACCUGGCAUGCAAGGAGGAUUGUUGCCUUCAGGCCAGUCCGAAGGCCUCCCUGAUGGCCAGGAGGGACUUAUUCCAGCAGGCCAGGCUGGAUCCAAUCAGGGCAACUUACCAUUCCCAGAGGGCACAGCAGCUGUGACAGUUCCAGCGAGCAUUCAGAGGGCUUUUCCAACAGCAAAUGAUGGCCUGAGUGAGGCUGCAAGUGGGCCAUAUCCAACCCCCUCUGGUUUUCGAAUGCCAGAUUCUGUGACAAAUGAUGUGUUUGUGGAACCUACUGCCAUUGUGAAUAUGGAGCCAAGUGAGCUUCGGGAACCGCCGACUUCUAUUGCAAGACUUGAUAAGGACAAUGCUCAGAAGCACCAUAAUCUGUCUAGGUCACUUGUGAGAGGAGACAGCCACAUGCCAACAAACACCGUGGCAACUAAGCCACUGAAAGAACCAUAGAGAAGAAAUAUCUAAAGCAAUGUAUUCUGUACUUUGACAGUCAUAUGCUAAUACACACAGUAACUGUUCUCAAAUUUGCGUAGGGAUGGCAGAAAGGUUUAAAAAAAAAUCAUCAUUAUUACUUUGGAAUUUGAGAUUUCCCAUUCCAGGAAGCACAACCACCAUUAAAAGCUGAAUAAUAGCCCCCACCCCGGUCAAAACCCACUAGCAUAAAAUUCAAAAUCUUAAAGAUCUGAGGCUUGAGUUGCACUGUAAAAUUAAGAGCAAUUGUAUAUUUUAAAAGAUUACCAUGAGGGGAAAAACCUUUCUAGCUGACCUUCAUGGGUGUCCUUUUGGGAAGGCAGCAAGUAGCAAUAGCAAUAGCACUUACAUUUAUAUACUGCUCUAUAGCCAAAGCUCUCUAAGCGGUUUACAAUGAUUUUAGCAUAUUGCCCCCAACAUUCUGGGUACUCAUUUUACCGACCUCGGAAGGAUGGAAGGCUGAGUCAACCUUGAGCCCCUGGUCAAGAUUGAACUUGUAACCUUCUGGUUACAGGGCAGCAGUUUUACCACUGCGCCACCAGGGGCUCUUGUAUCCAGGGUACCAUCUCUAAACCCUCGAUCUCAGACCCUAUCACCAGGAGCACCUAUAAGUGUGUGACUAGCUCACUAAUUCUAUACAUUGGCUAUUAUUAUAAACCAUUAAAUAUGUAUAUAAGCCCUUUAAGUGCAGGGCUGCCCCAAUCAUAUAUAAAGGGGGUAGAGUGCAAUUUAAAUAUAGAAAAGGGGUGCAUGGUUAGGUAAUGUUGAACCCUCCCCAUUACAUUUCCUCCCACAACUCCUCUCCAGACAUCUCCCCCACCCUCUGUUCGCCUCAUUUCCAAUAUCGGAGCUCAGCUAAUAGAGAAAUGAACUUAGAUUGCAGGGAGAAAGUGAAGAAUAGGCCUUUGAACCCUGUUGUCCUCUGUGUCCCCCACUAGGGGUGUGCACAGACCAUUUGGUCCAAAUUUGGACCAACCCGGAUAUGCAAACCAGUUUGGUCAAACCGAUUGGCUCGGCUGGUUGUUUAAUGAACCAGCUUCAAGCAGUUCACAAUCAAACCGCUCGAACUGGCCCAUGGUGGUCCAGUUUGCUUUCGAAUCAGUUCUGCAGAUUCCUAUCCUUCACAACUUAAGUCUAAACUAGUGCCUCCACCUGCACUCUUAGUAUUGAUUUUUAUACCAAUUGCAUCUCCAUUGUUAGACUAAAGAAAUCCACAAACAGUGUUGUAAAAUGGAGAAUUUGACAUAUUCUCUAGUGGUGAGGAAGAUUAGGUAUAGCCUUGAUUUGUACUGAUAUAGCUUUGACUGACCUCACUCAGUGGAAUUAAGCCACUUUAUUCCUGCUGGGAUGUACAUUGGAUCAAAGCUUCACUCAAUAUUGUAUACAUAAAUCUAAAGAAAGUUAUAAUCUGGAUAUCAAACAACAAGAAGUUCUCAAAUAUAUUCCUUAUACUCCAUGGUUUAAUAUGACUGCAUAGACUUUGUGUGUGUCAAAAAUGUCUCAUUUUCUUCUGGAAAUCUCAGUGUAAUAAAUUGUUGUUUUUAACUUCUGUUGGCCACGCAGAAUAAACGAUGUAUCAAUAAAGAUAUUUUCAAGCAUAUCACUA